AUGCUUUUAGAACUUAGUCAGCCUGAAACAUAUGAUGAACUAUUAUCAAAGCUUUCACUAGCAAUGCAUAAAAUGUAUCAGUUUCAUAUAAUUCAGAAAAAAGAAUCAAAAUCAGAUGAAUGGUUUUUGUCAUUGCAAUAUUUGCAUUGUAAUAUAAAUGAUCUAUUGAUUACUAAUUUCUUUUUAGAUAGCACAAGUGAAUUUGAAAGAGGCAAUUCUAAACAUAUAUCUGAAUCAUUAGGAUGGUAUACAGAUAUGCCAAUUAGUGUAAAGGACAAAGAUGAUAAGAGUGAUAUAUCUACUGGAAAUUUUGCUUGUAUUAAUAAUAAUGAACUCGAACCAAUCAAGGCUACAGAGGUUAAUGAACUAGAGCAACAAGUUUCAGAUAUAUAUAAUGGUGAAAAUUUAAAAAAAAAUAUGACUUACUUGAAAACCAAAGAUGGGCAUAUAGAAGCAAAUCUUUUAGUAUCUUUUAUUAAUUUUUCAAGAUCUGCUUUUCUUCUAAAUGUAUCGAACAAAGUUUGUGCACACUGUGAUUCUUUAAACUUAUCUAUAGAAGAGCUUAUAGAUGAGGUUAAACGAUUGUGCUCAGAGUUAGAUAAUCUAACAUCUCAGAUUACUCGCAAAGAUAUUUCUCUUAAAGAAUCUAAGAUUAAGAUAAAAAAUCUUUUAUCUAAGAUAAAAAUAUUAAAAAUGAAACUAUCUUCAACUCAAAAUAAAUUAAAGGAAAUUACAGCACUUUGGUCUAUGAAAAAAAUACUAGAAAGUAAAUUAGAAUUAGCUCAAAAGGAUGUAUUUUCAACUCAGGAAGAAAUAGUAAAAAAAAAAUCUAAGAUCAUAUCUCUCAAGUCUGAAUUAAUCAAUAUAAAGAAUGAACCAAUAAAUACAAAAGAUGAAUUAGCUUUAAAAAUUAAUGAAAUUGAGUGUUUAGGCACUUUACGUCCUGCUUUAGGAGGUACAGAAAAAAAUACACAGAAUGAGGAACAAAGUUUCAUAUCGAAUUCUGAAGACACAUUGAAAGAAUUAGAGAUUCGAGGCUAUGUCUCAUCUAAAAGUCUUGCAAAAUAUUUUAAAAGUAAAAAUGAGCUAGUAAUAAAAGAAAAUGAAACAUUACCAAUUAUUACAAAUAAGCAAAAGCCAGAGUUAUUGAUUCAAGAUAUUACAAUAGAAAGAGCAGUAUAUGCUGGCAAGGCUUUAGUUAAUGAUAAGUAUUAA